AUGUAUCAAUUAUAUAUCACGAUAAAACUUCUUAUACUUCUUGUUUUUCUUUCGAAUAUUAGUGGACAUGCACGUUCCCAAUCAUUGCCACCCACGCAAGUAAUAGAUUCAUCCCCAAGUGUUACAAUAACAUUCAAUGGAAGGAAUUUAAUAUACCCGGCACUAGACAAAAUUCCGGAUCUUAAUGAUCCCGUAGUUAAACAGUGGGUAAAAGAAUUGGACCUUAGUAAGGUUCCGAAUCUUCCGAUGUCGAACGGUGGUCAAGUUAGUUAUGAUCAACCAAACUGUGAGUCGGAAACCUACAUGAAAUCAGAUCAAGGAAGUUGGACAUGCCAAAAACAUGCCGCUCCCGACGACAUCGUCACCUGUCCAAAGGUGGGACAUUGGGGCCUAACCUAUGAUGAUGGUCCAUCGAAAUUUACGCCCAAGUUGUUAGAUUACUUGAACAAAAAAAAUUUGAAGGCUACAUUUUUUGUUACCGGAAGUCGUGUUGUUUCAAAUCCACUAACACUCAAAGCUGCCUAUGAAAGUGGUCAUCACAUUGCAGUACACACAUGGUCUCAUCCCGCGCUUACCUCUCUUUCCAACGAAUCGGUUGUUGCCGAAUUAAAAUGGACGAUCAAGGCGAUUCACGAUGUCAUAAACAUGACGCCGAUAUACUUCCGCCCUCCAUAUGGUGACACCGAUAACAGAAUUCGUGCGAUUUCAAAAGCCGUUGGCUUAAUCACUACUCUGUGGCUUCCAGAAUUUGACAGUCAAGACUGGUCGUUGGUACCCGAUCCCAAGAAAUCCGUUGACGCUAUUGUACAGACUUUCAAUUCAUGGAUGGAAAAUUUUCCAAAAAUGACAACCGGAUUCAUCGUACUCCAACACGAUCUCUAUCCUCAAACGGUUGAUGCCGCCAUAAAUAUUAUAGAUAAAGCGAUAAAAGUGCGCGGAUUAAACAUCACCACCGUAGCGAGAUGCCUUGGGGAUUUGAAACCUUACGUGGAACUUUUCAAUAAUUCCAAUUCAAGUUCUGGAAACAAAAAUUCUGCAGCGUACAAUCACUCUCCAUCAAUGACUUUAAUGAUCAUG